UAAAAGCACAGUUUAUAUGAAGCCAAGCAUUUACUCACCAUUUGACCAGGAGACGUUUGUGUGUGUGUUUGAUGACUAAGGAUGCUGUCUGAGAAGGAAGUCAUGGAAAGAUUCGGCCACAGGAGCCUGGUGCUCGCGGUCUACAUCAUCACCUUGCUGAUUGGCUUCCCAGCCAAUGUUGUGGCCUUUUACACCUUCAGCAAGAAGGUGAGGCAGAAAGCCAUGCCCAUCGACAUCCUGCUCCUCAACCUGACCAUCUCGGACCUCAUCUUCCUGUUCUUCUUGCCCUUCAAGAUCAAAGAGGUGGCGGACCACAUGAAAUGGAUCAUGCCCCACUUUCUGUGUCCAUUGACCAGCUUCGUCUUCUACACCACCAUCUACAACAGCACCUUCUUUCUGACCGCAAUCAGUGUCGAACGCUACCUGGGAGUGGCCUUUCCCAUCAAGUACAAACUAAAAAGACGGCCUUUGUACGCCACGGUGGCUAGCGUCUUCUUCUGGGCAAUCUCCAUGGCGCACAUUAGUAUCGUCUACAUCAUUCAAUAUUUUGACUAUUCCAACACCACCCGGAAAGACCCUUUGAACCUGGACAGGUGUUAUGAGGAUUUCACCCCGGAGCAGCUGCAAGUCCUGAUACCUGUCCGUCUGGAGCUCUUCCUGGUUCUAUUCUGUGUACCUUUCUUCAUCUGCUGCUUCUGUUACAUCAACUUCAUCCGGAUCCUCUCUCAGCUGCCCAGCAUCAACCCCAAGAAACGUCAGCGGGCCAUCGGCAUGUCUCUGGGGACCCUGCUGGUGUUUAUCGUCUGCUUCGCGCCCUACAACUUGUCACACGUAGUGGGCUUUGUCAACUGGGAGAGUCCCAAAUGGCGGGUGGGCGCACUCUUGUCCAGUACCGUCAACGCCAGCCUGGACCCCAUCAUCUUCUACUUCUCCUCAUCGGCCCUCAGGUCUACCUUCCACCUCUUCAUGAAGAACCUGGUGGAGAGGGUGCAGCGGUUGUGCUGCUGCAGUAAGGCUCUCUACUGCCCCCUGUUGUUCUGCUCCAGAACUCAGAAGGACAGCACAGCAAGCACCAAUGACAGCUCCUUAUAGUGUACAUGUCAAACUCAUACCACAGAGCACUGAAUGUCUGCGGGUUUUAGCUCCUCCCUUGUACUUGAUUGAUGAAUUAAGGUCACUAAUUAGUAAAUAACUCCCCUCACCUGGUUGUCUAGGUCUUAAUUAAAAAGAAAAAACUAAAACCCAUAGACACUAGCUCCUCCAUGGAAUGCGUUUGACACCCCUGUUAUAGUGUGUAGUCAAGCCACAUGGUACACAUGCUAAAUGCUAGCCUGUUCAAUGUAUUUAUUGCACUUAGGUUCUUAUGGAAAAGACUGAGGACUAUGCUAUCUGUCUUUAUAAGUAGCCUAUACAUUAAUCAGUGCCGGUCGGUGCCAAUUAGGAUGAGGGAGGAUGAUUCUUUUUUUUAUGAGCAUGGCCUUAUUUCUAUUACAGCAUAUUGGAUUACUGUCAUUCAUUUUCCAUUCACCCAGUUCAAUGCCACAUCGAUAGGUUUGGGCUACUGUACGAUACUCAAAUUUUACCUAUACCCAUCAUGAGUUUGCAACAAACUAGCCUAUGAAUGAAAAUGUACAACGUAGGUGCAAGGGUUGAGAGAAUUUUGAGUAAUCAAGGUGACAGACAGUGACACAUUCAUUACUGCCUUGCACACUCUUGCCUGCAUCUAGCUGACCAAGGGUGUAAUCAUUAGUCCAACAUUUGCAAAUGAGAGUUUCUAUUGGACAAAUUCAGGUAUGUUUAUCCCCUUUUUGUUCCAUUUGCUUCUGUUUAAGAAACAUUUUUCAACAGAAUCGGCGGAAUGAAUACACCUCUGAUCACACAAAAACUGUUCACUUUCAAAGCAGCCAUAUGAAGACUGCAUGAUCACUUUGCUCGUUGUUUAUAUAAUUCCUUCUUGCAACUAUCUAUGCGCUUUCCUCCUCUCACCUUUUACCUUUGCUUGUGGACUUCAGUGCAUAACACCUGUCUGUGACCAGGAAAAAAAACACUUUCCAAGCCAAACCUUCAUAUCAUGACUACUAACCGCUACAUUCAGCCUACAUCAUUGUCACCUCACAGUCAAUAUAUCUAUAGUACUAGAACUAACGAGUUAGUAAACCCGGUACAAUCAUGCAGUACAGUGUACAGUCAGAAAGCAGUUUAACAGUUCCACCGCGGGUCCUGGUGGUAAUAAAUUAAUAAAACCAAAAGCUUACCUAGACUUGGAAGAGUUCCAGUGCUGGAUAGCCAUAGCCAGCUAGCUAACAUAGCAUCACUCUCUGUUUGAGCCAGGUGUUUGAGUAGGCUAAUCUAGCUAGCUGCAUCCAGCUAGCUAAGUGAAAGUGAAGUUAAAAAAAUAUUAACAAAUAUA